AUGUCGGAUCUGUUUGCGCCACAAGCGAACGCCCGGCAGCCAGAUUCUACCUACUUGGCAGCCCUUGGUACGUAUUUUUCGAAUGUUCAACUCAUUGUUUCUUCUAGUUCAGAAAAGCGUCUGAAAGCGGUGAAAGACAAGGAACAAAUCGAUUCAAAGACGAUUUUGAAGGAUAUAAAAUCGUUGAAAAACGAUCAAUUGUUCAACUUCCUGACAGAACCGGAAAAGCCGACAACAAGUUGGGAGACGUUCGACGACGAUUCUUUGCCUGAAGACAAACCAAUCAAACCAAGUAUCAUCCGUCAGAAGGUUGCUCCACAGACGUGUGCGAUAAACAAGAACGAGCUUGCUCACAUUCUGAAAUACGACUUGUCCCAAAAACUUUUUGACUUCUACAAUCAACUCGACGAGAGUCAAGCAGACCGAAAAGAAUCGCAGGAAAUACUACAAGAGCUGAAAGAACUCGCAAAUAGACGAAAGCGGACGAAAAGACGAAGGAUGAAUGAGAGAAAACUGGCGAAGAAUCGGUCGAGAUGUGCAUUCCGUCUGUUCAAACGCGAUCAUGCCUUCUACCUCUUCUCAAAUGCCAAAAAAGCAAAAGCCACGAAUUGGUUUCUUCAGAAACGACGAGGAACCAGUAGUUCGUUUGAAAAAAGCCUUCGACUUCACACUCUACCCAAUGCUUGGUGGGAAUCUGCGAAAUAUUUGCGAUCCGAUCAGAUUACUGUUGUGGUUUCUUUCGACGGAAACAUCGCAUUGACUACGGAUAAGCAGUGCAGAAAGAGUAAAUGGAAGAUGGUGAAUCUUGUGAAACUUCUACCAAUGGAACCUGAGAAUCGAGGGAGUCUUUAUGAACUUGGAUGCUGUGAUUUGAGUCUGGAAUGCUCUGGAGAUUGUUUGGCGAUUUUGGCGGUGUUCUGGACGGAGUUAAACACUAACAAUGUACCUGCAAAGUGUUUCGGAUCGAUUUACCGAAUCACCAAGAAGCGAAAUGUGGUAUUUUGUAAAAUCAUCUCAUCCCCAUCGAUGGUUGCUUGUUGUCGAUUGACAGACCGAAAGAGCUUCACAGCCGAUCACCAUUGUCUCUUGGUUUUCUCGAAGGACGCUCAAGUGUCAGCAUAUCGUGUUGAGCCAACGUUCAUUGAAAAAAUCGACGAUGUCUUUGAAUGGUUUCCAUCGCUGGCGCUUACCAAUUUACCUGGCGGCACGUUGAGAACGUCUUGUAAAAUUUGUGAAACUUAUCGGUAUUCUGCAGUGGGCCUUGAUACAGGAGUAAUCAUUGCGUCCGUAUGCAUGAUAGAAGGAAAUGUUAUUUUGGAUAGUAUCCGCCUCCGCUUCUUCAGUCCGAUUAGCGUUGUGGAAUUUCUUCCAGAAGUUUCCAACAAUGUACAACGUCUUCUUGUUUCCUCGUUCGUUGGCCCUGGGCAAAUUUAUCGUCUGAAAUUCGCCAACGACAAAUUGUCAUGGGAGGAGGAAUGCAAAUUCGAACGCGCACAAUACUACGACUCGAUCACCUGUGCAUGUAUUUAUCGUUUUUAUCACGGUGCCGUGCCGAGAGUGUUGUUUGGAACGUAUUCGGGCCGAGUGCUACAGUAUGAGCUUCCUCCGCCGACGACGUUUGUUCGAAAAUCGAUGAAAAGUGUGCCAAAGUGUGGGAAACCGAUCAACUUGUUAAUAAAUAACCCAAUAUAUACCAUCAAACAAACGAACUUCAACGAGUUUUCUGUCGUGACUCCCUUUGGUUUAUACGUGAUUCGCGAGAACUUUGCAACUUCUAAACGCCUCGGAAAGUUUGGCCAACUCUGGGUGAAUCGAUAUCAAAACAAGCUGUUACUUGCAAAUCCCUCUCUGGCAUCCGACUAUUCUCGAGCCGAAUUGCGUCGAUUAUCAAUAGAUUCGAUAAAUGAACUGGCGAUGAGACCACGUGUUGGAUCAACUGUCUCACAGCUAACUUAUCGAUUCUCGGACGAUGAUGGCCUUCUGGAUAGAACGGAGAAAAGGAGACAGACUUUGGGAGCUAAGGAUUAUCAGCGUGCUGCGACGACGUCUGCAUCGGGAUCGUCAAAUGGGUCUACCACACGUCUUCGCCAACUUGACGUCACCAUCACCGACCAGUACUAUCAAGAUGGUCCAUCCGACUCCACCCUUCUACACUCUCCAAAUCGUCCAGCUCCCUCUCCACGAGUCAACGCUAUUCAUGAAUCCUCGCAUCCUCAGAGUCCUCUUGCUCAUGGUGAUAGUACACGUCCUCAGCCAGUCUUCUUCCGAGCUAUCAACAAGAAUCUUACCUCGCCGUCGCGGCCCCCGCAGAAGUAG